GAAAGAAAAGCUGAAACGAGAUUAUAAGUUGACAUGAAGUGAAGGCCUCUCGAGCUUCCCAAUAAAAAUAUGCCCCCCAUCUCUACCCCAAGCACUUCUAGUGACGAUGACAAUCGCUCAAUCCCAGCAGUUCGAACCCAUUCCUCGAACACUUUCAACAGAAGGCGCAUUGCGCAAAGGACAGGAGGUAUUAAGGAAUAUAUCACAGUCGGCAAUGUUCUUGCCGUACUCCUAAUCAUUCCUCUAACUUUUACUUACAUUAAAGUUAUGAUUACUGGACCAGCUCCCUCUCCCGGCUCUAAUAUCCAUACCAUCUACUCACCCGUCACAAUCACUUCUACCAUUUACACACCUAGUUCUACUGCGAUCUCUAACCGACACUCUCAUGGAAAUUCUCAUGACCCAAGCGCAAAUCCGUGGCCAAACUUUACCUACGAAAUUCUCGCGUCCUCGUCUAGAAAAUCCCUAGCUUUAAACUCGGGUCGUGUCACUUUAGCUGGCCCACGCUCUGGAAAGAAUCCCGGCGUCCGCUGGAAAUGCGUCGAAAUUAAAGGAUGGCUUCAUUUUCAAAACGCCGCUUCCGGUUGUUUUCUUGGGCACAAUUUCUGGGGUGACAUAGUUUGUACUGCAACGGCGCCCGAUGGAUGGGAGAGAUUUACUACAAGACCUAUACCAGAAGGAGGACAUUAUUUACUAAUGAUACAUUGGGAGAGGCUGUGGAAAGUGGGGAUCAAAGGGGGAGUUCUGGCAAAAAUUGGAGAAGGGGAGACUGGAGGCUUUGCGUACAGUGGAGAAGGAGAAGGAGAAGUAAUUGCUUGGGAGUUUUUUAGGGUUUAGACACGGUUCGCCAUGCUAUUCGGUGCAGUUGGUGCCUCCAAGGAUGUCCUCACAGCCUGUGAGGGCUGACAACAGUUGUUACAAUAAUAUCUGAAGAAUGACACAUCUAGUUAGCAGUAAACACACAUCAAGGCAGUGAGCGGCGCAGCAAAAAAGUGAUUGGCCCUACAUGCGGGGUCGCAGGCGGCUAAUCCUGCAUGAUUA